UGCGGCCGCCGCCCUUUCCCUCCUUCAAUCCAUCUAUAGACCACAAUUGUCCUUAACCCAAUCCAGACUUGGUGGAGCUCGAUAUCCACUGGAAAAUGAGAAGCUGCUCCUUGCUCCCUAGUGCCUCGGUGUAACUGAACUCUAAUCAGCUGCGGGAAACUAGCUCCGAGAAUUGUUAUUCCGUCUCCUCAUUUCCCCGGUGCAUUUUCUUUAGUGCUUCUCGAGCUUCCUCUGCGUCACUUCGGUCCCGUUCGUUCGUUCGUUCUUGUUUGUUUGCUUUCAUUUUGAAGUUUGGAGGACAAAUAAAUUAGUGGAUUAGGUUAAUAAUAAUCAUGCACGGGUUACUCGCUGUUUUCCCUCACCAGAGUUGUUUACAACCUUCCAUUUUCAAUCCUCGGCCAGUCUCCAGUGUUCCCCUGAUCAAAUUGGGAACUGGGUUUCUUAGUCUGAAACUCCAACUGGGUGUCCAAGGUGUGAAAUGCGUGAAUCCGGGUACUGAUAAUGCAUUUGGUACUGGUAGCGGUGUUGUUGAUGAGGCCGGUGAUGGAGAUGCAGAGGACUGGCAAUUGGAGUUCCUUGGAGAGACUGGUCCUUUGGGUCAUGAAGUAUCCACCAUUAGGAAGGCAAACAAAGGAUCGAUGUUGCUAGAGGGUACAGAUGGGAUGGAUUGGUGUUUGAGGGCGAGGAAGGUUGCCCUCAAAUCAAUUGAGACAAGGGGAUUGAGUGAGAAGAUGAGAGAUUUGGUUAGUGUGAGGAAAAAGAAGAAGAAGAAGAAGAGCAAGAAAAAAAUGGUGAGUCAAAGCAAGAAGAUAAAUGAGGAAUUGGAAGAGGAUCUGGACUUGGAUGACAUAGAAAGCAUUCUUGAUGAUGAUACUUCUGAUCUUCGAAGAAAGGUUAGUAUGAUGGCAGGUGGCAUGUUUGAAGAUAAGAAAGAGAAGUCAAUGGAAGAGUUUGUGAAUAGGCUGUCUCAGUUUUCUGGGCCUUCUGAUCGGAAGAAAGAGGUCAAUCUGAAUAGAGCAAUUGUAGAAGCUCAAACUGCAGAUGACGUCUUGGAAGUUACUGCAGAGAUGAUCAUGGCUGUUGGGAAAGGCUUGACCCCUUCACCACUGUCCCCUUUGAAUAUUUCCACUGCCCUUCACAGAAUUGCUAAGAACAUGGAAAAUGUCUCGAUGAUCAAAACACAUAGGCUUGCCUUUGCAAGGCAAAGAGAGAUGUCAAUGCUGGUUGGUAUUGCCAUGACUGCAUUGCCCGAAUGCUCUGCUCAAGGCAUCUCAAACAUUUCGUGGGCAUUAUCCAAGAUAGGAGGAGAGCUUCUUUACUUGUCAGAAAUGGAUAGAGUUGCAGAAGUCGCCUUGACCAAGGUUAAUGAGUUCAACUCUCAGAAUGUUGCCAAUGUUGCUGGUGCGUUUGCGUCGAUGCAGCACGCUGCUCCUGAUCUCUUUUCAGCAUUAUCAAAAAGGGCAUGUGACAUUGCAAGCACUUUCAGGGAGCAGGAGCUUGCCCAGGUAUUGUGGGCAUAUGCUGCAUUGUAUGAACCUGCUGAUCCUUUUCUCGACUCUUUGGACAUGGUCUUCAAGGAGACAAACCAGUUUGAGUGGUGCCCAAAUUUGGGUUUGUUGGUAUCGAAUGAAGAGAGCAGCAAUAAGAAUCCCGAAAUGGAGGGAGUUCCAGUGCUGAGAUUCAAUAGGGACCAGCUAGGAAAUAUUGCAUGGUCGUAUGCUGUUCUUGGGCAGUUAGACCGCACUUUUUUUUCUAAUGUGUGGAGAACAAUGAUUCAUUUUGAGGACCAAAGAAUUUCGGAACAAUACAGAGAAGAUAUCAUGUUUGCUUCUCAGGUUCAUCUUGCAAAUCAAUGCCUGAAGCUUGAAUAUCCCCAACUUCGAAUGUCACUUGGACAUGAGCUCGAGGAGAGAAUUACUCGUGCUGGAAGAACUAAGAGGUUUAACCAGAAGACGACUUCAUCUUUUCAGAAGGAAGUUGCUCGCCUCCUCGUCAGCACUGGCCUUGAUUGGAUCAAAGAAUACAUUGUGGAUGGGUACACUUUGGACGCUGUUGUUCUGGAUAGGAAACUUGCUUUGGAGAUUGAUGGACCAACUCAUUUUUCCAGGAAUACUGGAACGCCUUUGGGCCAUACCAUGCUGAAGCGGCGAUACAUUGCUGCAGCUGGCUGGAAUCUGGUUUCAUUAUCUCAUCAAGAGUGGGAGGACCUUCAAGGCGGCUUUGAGCAGCUGGAUUAUCUCAGGAAAAUUCUGGACAGCCACCUAGGGGAGGGCACUUCAAGUUGUCCAUGAACCUUUCUGGAAGAGAAACGAGAAAGGAACUGAAAGGGAGGGGCAGCUGGGUUUGUGAAUUACAUCUGCAGCUUGAUGUAUGAAAAAACAUAAUCACUGUAAGCUAAUUUUGGAAAACAUGAUAAGAGUCUUGGUUGAAGUAAAUGCACACUUCGGCCUUGUUCCUCGGUCAUUAACAAUGGUAGAGUGGUGGAAUGCAAAUUACAGGGAUAUUACAUCAACCAAAAUUGAAAACCUCAACAGCUGUAACUGUCGGUCCUCAAAGUUGUUGACACUGGAGCAAAUGACGACUUACACUGAUACUGCUGAAAGAAAUUCAUUAACCCACGACCCGUCUAG